CUCCCCUACAAUUAUAUGUUUUAAUGACUCACCCCCGAAAAUCUUGUUUCAUCCUUAAGUAGCUUAACUCAAGAACCAGAAGAGAAGUUCAUCUAUCAUGGCUUAUUCCGUAGUGCUUGCGAUCCUUCUACUUCUUCCAUUUCCACUUUCCACAAAAGCUCAGACAUACGGCAACCAAACCUCGGGUUCCUCAUUAACAACAAAUGAUCAAAACUCCUGGUUAUCACCGUCAGGUGAAUUCGCUUUCGGAUUUCAGAAAAUUGGAACCACAGAGUAUUUGUUAGCUGUAUGGUUCGACAAAAUAGACGAGAAAACUAUAAUCUGGUCUGCAAAUGGCGACAAUUUAGCAGCCGAAGGCUCCAAAGUUCAGCUGAGUGCUGACGGCCGCCUGGUGCUCACUGAUCCGAAAGGAGAAGAGUUAUGGGCUCCUAGCCCAACUGUUAGCGGCGUCACAUACGCAGCCAUGCUUGACACAGGGAACUUCAUCCUAGCGAACCAGGAUCACGCCAACUUGUGGGAGACAUUCAGCCAACCAACUGAUACAAUACUGCCCACGCAAAUGUUAAAUCAAGGUAUUGUGGUUAAUGCUCGCUAUUCGGCAACAAAUUACUCCACUGGGAGGUUCCACUUCAUAUUACAAGCCGAUGGAGAUCUUGUGUUCUAUCCCACUCCAACUCCACUGGCCUCCUCAGAUGCAUACUGGUCCUCCAAUACCAAAGGUAGCGGCUUUCAAUUGGUAUUCAAUCAAAGUGGCCAGGUCUGCGUCACAGCAAAGAAUGGAAAGGUACUUAAUCUCCUCACCUCAGGCACAGUCCCAACCAGCGGAUUUUACCAAAGAGCAAUCCUUGAAUAUGACGGUGUCUUCAGGCAAUAUGUCCACCCAAAGCCGGCAAAUUCAAGCUCUGGCUGGCCAUUGGGCUGGUCAAUGGUCUCUUCCCCUGUCCCUCCAAACAUAUGCACGAGCAUCCGGCGAGAUACUGGGAUUGGAGCUUGUGGCUUCAACAGCUACUGUACUCUUGGAGACGACCAGAGACCGCGGUGUCAGUGCCCACCAGGAUAUACUUUGUUAGAUCCAACAAAUGAUAUGAACGGAUGCAAACAGGACUUUGUUCCACCGAGUUGUGAAGGAGGUAAUCCUGAAACAGACCUAUUCACAAUACGUGACAUGCUCAAUACAGACUGGCCACUGUCUGAUUAUGAAUAUAAUCAGCCACAAACUGAGGAUUGGUGCAGACAGGAUUGCUUGGCUGAUUGCUUCUGCGCAGUAGCUAUUUUCAGAAACGGGAAUUGCUGGAAAAAGAGGAUUCCACUCUCAAAUGGUCAGAUGGAUCUCAGCGUGGGUGGGAAAGCUCUGAUCAAGGUCAGGAUAGAUAAUUCAACUUCGAAAUUCCCAGGUGAUGGCCAGAAGAAGCACAAGAACUCGACUUUGAUAAUCAUUGGAUCAGUGCUGUUGAGUAGCUCGGUAUGCGUGAACUUGCUUUUACUUCUCAUUACCUAUCUACUUUGUGGAAGCUUCCGACAUAGGGAUGUCAAGUGGAUACGACCGUUCCAGAUUAACCAAGUCAAAGGUAUGCAAAGUUUCACUUAUCAGGAGCUUAAAGAAGCAACAGAUGGAUUCAAAGAAGAACUGGGUAGGGGUGCUUUUGGAGCAGUAUACAAAGGUGUUCUUGGAUCAAACGACACAAACUUUUUCGCAGUAAAAGUGUUGGAAAAAAAGACCGGAGAUGCCGAAAAUGAGUUUGAACGAGAAGUGAGUGCAAUUGGCCAGACUAACCACAAGAACUUAGUGCAGCUGCUUGGAUUCUGCAACGAGGGUCAACACCGACUGCUGGUGUAUGAAUUCAUGAGCAAUGGAACUUUGGCGGAUUUCCUUUUCAGCGCUUCAAGGCCCAGCUGGUACAAAAGAAUAGAAAUUGCCUGUGGUGUUGCAAGGGGGCUCGCUUACCUGCAUGAUGAUUGCACCAGGCAAAUAAUCCAUUGCGACAUCAAGCCACAAAACAUUCUUCUGGAUGACUUUCUUAGUCCGAAAAUAUCGGACUUUGGAUUAGCUAAGCUCUUGAUGGCAGACCAGACACGAACAACCACCGGAGUCAGAGGAACCAGAGGUUAUUUAGCACCAGAAUGGUUUAGGAAUAUGCCUAUUUCUGGCAAGGUAGACAUUUACAGCUUUGGCAUUGUGUUGCUGGAGCUCAUCUGCUGCAGAAAGCACUAUGAGCUGGAAGUGGAAAAUGAAGCUCAAAGAGUACUGGUUGACUGGGUGUACGAUUGCUAUGCUGAAGGGAAGGUCCAUCUACUUGUGGAGAGUGACGAGGAGGCAAUGAGUGACAGAAAGAGGGUGGAAAGAUUCGUGAUGACAGCAAUGUGGUGCAUCCAGGAAGAUCCGGCUUUCAGGCCUUCCAUGAAGAAAAUCACUCAGAUGUUAGAAGGAGCAGUUGAAGUCUCAGUCCCUCCAGAUCCAGACUCUUUCAUUAGUUCAAUAUGAUUUUGCUUAGUUAGACAGCUAGUGUGUGCAAAGCCUUCUGUGUGGUCUGUAAGUUCUGCUAAGCUGGAAUAAACAUUUUGUCAUAUCUUCGCAUGGAUGCAGCUUAAAUGAGUUAAGUUUUAUUAAGAUUUAACA